GAAAAUAUAAAAAUAGACAGCUGUCAACUGGUAACGAAAUAUUUCGCGUUGGUUUUUUAAAAUAAAUCUUAAUAUGAUUUAUAUUUUAAUAGCAUAAAAGAGAUUAUUGUUAUGUGACAUGUGUACAUAACUUUCUGUAUUUCUUUUUUAAUAGUGCCAGUACAUACCUUGUUAAUAUAACCCCAUAUUGAACCAGAGAAAUAAUGUUCGAAUCAGAUGACUAUGAUCAGGUGUUAUCUCAAUUGGAUUUCCCAGAUGCAUCAGAAAAAUUGCAGUCCAAGGUAGCAGAUCCAGUUUUCCACAAGAAAAAUUCUGAGAGAAUCAAUAAUACUGAACUAAUUAAAAGGUCAAGUGUAGACUUAACUUCAGUAACAGAACUCCAAACCAAUAUUUCGAAACAUAGUAAUUUAAAUAGUCCAAAUAUAAGAAAAACAAAAUCUGGUGAUGAUAGUCCAGUGUCACCAACACAUGUUAAAAGGAAAAUGUUAAAUUCUUACUUUGAUCACAAAAGUAAAAGAAAGUUUCCUGGUCCGGCUGGUCUUUUAACAGGAUCUUUUGAAGAGAAAAAAGAUGAAAGUAUUUGCCAAAUGGAGCUCCUUUCACAGGAUGUAGAUUUCUCACAAAAUUAUAUUCAUGGUGAUGUAUUCGAGACACCACUAUGGAAGAGGCUCUUAGAAGAUACAAAGAGCUUUAAUGAAAUUAAUACAAUAAGAACAAUCAAAACCCAGGCUUUGGCAGGCAAUCUCCAAAGGAAGAAGGCUCAUAUUGUUACAGCAUUUAUUGAGAGUGUUGACAGGUCUGCCAUUGAUCCUUUGAUUACAUUAAGAGAUAAAACAGGGCAUAUAAAGUGCACUCUCCAUAGAGAUGCUUGGUUGUCGUUCUCUCCCUACAUUGUGGCAGAAUACUGUGCACUGGUAAUUUGGAAACCAACUGUACUGACAACAGGGAGUGCAUUCAAGAAACACUAUCUAAAUAUUACUUUAAGUAAUAUAUGGGCUAUAUACAGCUCAGUAAUGAAUAAUGAAGAUGAAGCUUUGCCAGAUGGUUUCCUCAAGAACUGUGAGGAGGACUUCACUGUUAUUAAAAUGGAUAGGAGUAAAACAGAUGUUAAUAACUUCUCACUUCAAAAUGAAAGCAUACAAGAAAGUUUUGAUGAUUUGGACAAUGUGUUUCUAGACGAUGUGUUUUAGUGAUCUUACUUAUAAAGUUCAUGUAAUAAUAAAAUUAUACUUUUUAACCUCAUAGUUAAUAAAAAAGUUCAAAUA